AUGUCCCUGAGAUGUGUUGUCUAUUGCAUUCUACCAACACUUUCUGUUUUUUUCCCAUCUUUAGGAUCAGAUGACGUUUUGUGCUAUGAAGCUGUGAAUGAGAAUACUGGGGAAUGUGAGGAUUUUCUUGGAGAUGGUGUGCUGGAAGUAGAUUGUUGCCUGAAUUUCAAAUAUGGCUUCAAGAGAGAGGCUCGUGGUCAGUGCCAGUCAUGCCGUCCAGCAGAGUGGAAGGAGUGGGGUAGCUGGAGUCCAUGUUCUGUGUCCUGUACGGAAGGAGUGCAGGAACGAAGAAGGACCUGCCGUGGACAAGGAGACUGCCCAGGAACCAGUGUGGAGGUCCAAGCCUGCGUUCUGAAUGAGUGCUGCCCUGUAAACGGAGGAUGGUCUACCUGGUCAUUGUGGUCACAGUGCUCAGCAACUUGCAAGGCUGGACAGAAGCAAAGAACCAGGCAAUGCAAUAACCCUCGUCCAUCCUGUGGAGGGAGAUGUAUCGGCCCUGAAAAAGAAGUGGAUAUAUGCUAUACUAACAUCCCCUGUCCCAUUCAUGGUCAGUGGGGAAAUUGGAACCCCUGGCAGGGAUGUUCCUCCAGCUGUAAAAACGAAUUGGGGCCUCUGCCAAUUCAAAAACGUUUCCGUCUAUGUAACAAUCCACCACCAUCUCACAGCCCGCCAGGAAACCAGUGUGAUGGAAAAGCUAGAGACAGUCAGGUCUGUGACAACCUUCCCUUCUGUCCAGUGGGUGGAGAAUGGGGAGCUUGGACGAGAGACUCGGAGUGUUCGGUCACCUGCGGCAUUGGGCGGGUGAAAGAAAAGAGGACCUGUGAUAACCCGCCUCCUCGUUAUGGGGGAAGAUAUUGUGAAGGUUCCAACACAAGAAAUACCAUCUGCAACACAAAGGUGGCAUGUCCAGUUGAUGGACAGUGGUCUGAGUGGGGCGAUUGGCCUACAUGCGUUCGUCUGGCAAAAGAAAAUAUUACAUGCAAAUCCAAAGCGGGAACACAAUCCAGAAAGAGGACGUGUAUUGGAACGAGCCCGGAUGGGAAGUGGUGUGAAGGGGACUACAGGGAAAGUCGCAGUUGCUAUGACAUUGAAAACUGUCCCUUAAAAGGUGUUUGGUCUGAAUGGACUUCCUGGGGACUUUGCUCCUCUCCAUGUGGAUGGGCUGAAAGAACAAGACAUAGGGAAUGUCUGCCAGUGUAUCCAGAUUAUCCAUCUAUUGUAAAUGGAGUCUUAAAACAAGCUGAAGCCUUCUUUUCUGGAACACCUAUAGUAUCAUGUAACCCAAUCAAUGGAGAAACAAAGAGAGUGGAGGAAAGAGUGGAAUGCAAGAACCUUCCUCCCUGUGUAUAA